AUGGCACAGUACAGCGGCCUCACUGAUCCUUUUAUCCAUAUGGACACCUUCAAGAAGGUAACUAACAACAAGGGGUUUGAUGAUGCCACCCUCUGCCAUUUGUUCAGUGAGACGUUGGGACAUCAUAACAUAAGCCAAUUGUUUAGCGUCAAGCAGGGCAUAGAAGAAACAUUGAAGGCAUUCGUCACAAGGUGGAGAGCAGCGGCAUCUCGGUGCCACGACCUUGACAAGACGAUGACACUGGCAGCCUUUAAGCAAGGACUCCUAAAGGGACUAUUUCUCUAUCAUCUAAACUACAAUUAUCCAAACACGGCAUAUGACCACGUCAUGAGAGAGGUUGUCAUCCAUGCGCAGUGUAAGGACCAAAUCCCACCGCCACCUCCAAGAAAAUACCCGAGAGUAUGCAAAUCGAGGAACACCAGUAAGUGGUGUAAAUACAACGAAGAUAGCUGUCACAACACCAAUAGUUGCAACGCUCUUAAAACAGCAAUCGAGACUUUGUAUCGGAAUGGCAAGCUGGAACAAUUCAAAGUGCGACAACCACCACCAGUAGUUGCCAAUAUCGAGCCCAUACGUCGUAUCAACACCAUUGACGGAGGUGCUCCUAUCGGCAACAUGUCUCAUAGGGCAAGGAACCGUUAUGCGCGCGCCAACCACCCCAAAGAAGUUUGCAACAUCCGUUAUGAGAGAUCCGCUAAGCUACCAAGAUCUGGGUGGGAACCCAUAACCUUCUCUGAGGAAGAAGAAUGCGGAGUACAUCUCCCCCACGACCAUCCAUUCUUGAUCGACGCCAUACUCGACAAAUGGUCAGUGGGGAGGGUCCUCGUUGACAGCGGAUCUGCUAUCAAUGUCAUCUUCAAUGGCUACUAUAACCAACUUUAA